AUGCUUCUGGCGAUCAAAAAGGUUGCCAAAUUAAUACAUCCGGGAAUGAUGUAUGUGUUCGUCGCCAGCACUCGCAAUAUAUUUGCGUUCAGCCAUUACUUUGUGAUACAGCUAUUCUUCUCGCACUUAACGACAACAUUCAUCGUCUCCUACAUCUUCUCACUGGUCAUCGAAUACCCGUUCCUAUCGCUGGAGCGGGUGCUCCAGAACGGGCUCAUGAGUGGCACCCAUAGCCGCAAAACCAAAUUAUAUUCAGUGACGAGCGUCGACUCGACGGCCAGCGAUGUCCCCAUCAAUGGCGACGACCAGAUGGACGCCACCGAAAAGUACAAUACGUUGCGCCCGUUCGCGCCGUUACCCCAAGAGUUUAGCUUCACGUACGCCACUAAAGUGGACACCAUUUGCAAACCAAACAACUUUGUUAUCAAUUAUAAGCUAUGAUCCGAUCAUUGGUUUUAUAGUUAAUGUGUUUUGACUCACGAAUUAAAUGACUAUUUUUAAUACCCAUUGAAAGUUACCGUUUAAUUAUCGGUAUAAUUAUAGUACAAUAGUAUUGUGAAUACCUCUGACACAUACGCUAGAUGAGCCGGAUGUAAUUGAAAUUAAAUGCCA